CGCUAGCAGCCUGCCUGCGAGCGGACAACAACAACAGGCUACUGCACAGCUGCAUGGACAGAAACAUCAACAACAACCAGCACCAGCACUCCCUGCACGCUGAUACAUUCCCCUGAACUGACCGUCUCUCCUCUGAUGAUGUGAGUCUCCCCCUCCAUGAGCAGCAGCAGCGGGGCAGCAGUUCCAGGGCUGAGCAGCUGGCCGCGGGCCCGCGCCUCUAUGAGCCAUGAGCGGACUCCCAGGACUCCCAGCCUCCGCUCCGCUCCCAGCCGCCACUACUCCCGGCGGCAAGGUCAAGUUCUGCCGAUACUACGCGAAAGACAAGACGUGCUUUUACGGAGAUGAGUGCCAGUUCCUGCACGAGGAUCCGUCCAUGGGGAUGGGGGGCAGCCCGGUCCCGGGCCAGGUCCCGGGCCAGGUCCUGGUCCCAGCCCCGGUCCCGGUCCCGGGGCCCACGGCCGGUGGUACCGGUGGUGCCGGUGCCGGGGCCAAGAAGAGCGAGGCGGCACUGGACGGGCAGCUGCUAGCCAUCCCAGGGAUGGAGGGUGCCACCCUGAGUGAUGCCAGUCUUAACAACUCUUACUUCAGCAGCAGCUUUAUUGGGGUCAAUGGCUUUGGAAGCCCAGCAGAGUCAAAGUACUCAAUGAUGCAGCGAAUGACUACCAGCAGCAGCUCCCCCAGUCUCCUCAAUGAUGGUGCCAAGAAUUACAGCCACAGCACUCAUGAUCCAGUGAACUCUCCGACAUCCUCACUGUUCAGCGAUUUUGGUGCUCUUAGCAUUUCUCAAAGGAGAAAGGCUCCUAACCCUGCAGCAAGUGAGUUCAUCCCCAAGGGAGCUCCACGUAUGGCCAACAUGGCGCAGUCUGCUGUUCAGGCCUUCCCCUCACCUCUAUUCGCACAUCCUGGUCUUGGCAGCUCCACUGCUGCUGCACUGGCUCCAGGCAUGUCACUGUCUGCGGGUUCUUCUCCUCUCCAUUCUCCAAAAAUUACACCUCACACCUCACCUGCUCCUCGUCGGCGCAGUCACACCCCAAACCCUGCCAACUUCAUGGUGCCCACCACCGCCUCUGACCAGAAUCCCCACAUAAUUCAGAAAGAGACUGUCGGAGGGACCACUUACUUUUACACAGACAACACCCCGGCACCAAUGUCUGGGAUGGUGUUUCCUACGUACCAUAUCUAUCCCUCCUCUGCACCCAAUGUGGCUUACAUGCAGCCAAAAGCCAACGCCCCGUCCUUUUUCAUGGCUGACGAGCUCCGGCAGGAGUUGAUUAACAGACAUCUAAUAACCAUGGCCCAAAUUGACCAGUCAGAGAACCCAGAUGUACCGUCUGAGGUGGACAGCUACCACAGUCUUUUCCCCCUCGAGGCUCUCCCACCACCAAACCGCAUGCAGAAAACCAGCAACUUCAGUUAUAUCACCUCCUGUUACAAGGCAGUCAACAGCAAGGAUGACUUGCCUUACUGCCUGAGGAGGAUACAUGGUUUCCGCCUUGUUAACACAAAGUGCAUGAUGCUGGUGGACAUGUGGAAGAAGAUUCAGCACUCAAAUGCUGUAACCUUAAGAGAGGUCUUCACCACUAAGGCCUUUGGAGACCACUCGUUGGUCUUCUCUUAUGACUUCCAUGCAGGUGCAGAAACGAUGUUUAGCAGACAUUUCAAUGACCCAGCAGCAGACUCGUACUUUACCAAGAGGAAGUGGGGUCAACAUGAGCCUCCUCCACCAAGGCAGCAUGCAGGUCUACUGCCAGAGUCUCUCAUCUGGGCUUAUAUUGUCCAGCUCAGCUCAGCCUUGCGCACUAUCCACACUGCCGGCCUCGCCUGUCGGGUCAUGGAUCCCAGCAAGAUUCUCAUUACUGGCAAGACCAGGUUACGGGUGAACUGUGUGGGCGUGUUUGAUGUUCUAACGUUUGACAACAGUCAGACCAAUCAUCUUGCCCUGAUGCCACAGUACCAGCAAGCAGAUCUAGUGUCUCUGGGCAAGGUGGUGCUGGCUUUGGCUUGUAAUUCCCUGGCUGGCAUUCAGAGGGAGAACCUGCAGAAGGCUAUGGAGCUGGUGUCUAUAAACUACUCUUCAGACCUCAAGAACCUCAUCCUGUACCUUCUGACUGAACAGUCACGCCUGCGAAGUGUCAAUGACAUCAUGCCAAUGAUUGGAGCUCGUUUCUACACGCAACUGGAUGCAUCACAGAUGAGGAAUGAUGUCAUCGAGGAGGACUUGGCCAAGGAGGUGCAAAAUGGUCGUCUCUUCCGCCUGCUUGCCAAACUGGGCACCAUAAACGAGCGUCCAGAGUUUCAAAAGGACCCAACGUGGUCAGAGACGGGUGACCGGUACCUGUUGAAGCUUUUUCGGGAUCACCUGUUUCACCAGGUGACGGAGGCGGGGACGCCGUGGAUUGACCUCAGUCACAUCGUCUCCUGCCUAAACAAACUGGAUGCAGGCGUUCCUGAGAAGAUCAGCCUGGUGUCUCGAGAUGAGAAAAGUGUGCUGGUUGUGACCUACUCGGACCUGAAGCGCUGCUUUGACAGUACCUUCCAGGAGCUGCAGGCUGCUGCUGCCGGCUCCCUGUAGCGCCCUCCCCGGGCCCGGGGCGGGAGUGCCCUGGAGCACAUUUUUGCACUACAGAGGACCAGGCUCACAGACGACAUCAGCACAGGCAUCAGCGGGGCAGGGCUUCGUGAACCUCAGUCACAUACACUGAUCCCUGUCCACCAGGCUUUUCUAAAGGUGUUAUUUUUUUUUCCAAAACCCUGCAGCUGAAAAAGUGAAAACAAAAAGAACAAAAGGAAAAAAAAAAAGAAAAAGGACAAAUAUGGAAGCUGUGAUGUACGACAUUUUUUUAGAUUUGGGGAACAAAACCUGAAACAAAACAUGGAGUUUUUUUUUUCCUGCUUUUAAUGUUUGUUUCUACAGUUGGGGGUUUAUUUUUCUGAGGAGGAUGCACUAAGAUUUUAAUUUUUUUUUUUUUUUGGUCAAUUUUUUUAUUUUUAUGAGUAUCUGUGAGUGGCCUACAGGGUGCACAGAGAGCUUAAGUCACACACACACACACGGACAAAUUGCCAGAACAGACUCACAAUUUUCAGAAACGACAAAAAAAAAAAAAAAAAAAAAAACAGGAAAAACUCCAGCUUUCUGUUGACUCUCUGCCGGUUGGAGACCACACCCCUUCAUUCUAACGCACUAGGAGAUGGGACGCACCACUCAAGGCUUUCAUUGGGAUGGGAUGGGACCCUUUUCAUGGAAUGGGUCAACCCACUUUUGCCUUGAUUGUUGGUUCCCUUUGAGAAAGGUAAAACCACUUGGGUGGAUGAUGAAAUAAUGAGAAUUUCUGACAUUUUCGUUCAGCAGAUUGAAGAACUGGUGGCUCAUAUUUGCGGGUGGGCGGCCACGCUUGGACUAGGGACCAUGAUUUAGAGGUGAAAUGUGGUUUCUCUUGGCACUGAGGAAGGGGUGUUUUCUCCCGAGACUGUCCACCAAGUGUUUGUUACAUAUGCAGCAACCACGUUUAUUAAUAGACACUGUUGUAACUUCAACUUCUCUGAGAUGGGUCAUUUUAGGUCUGCUGUCCAGCAUUUGGCUUCAGCCCUUGAGUGAGGCUUCUUUGAGGUGGAACCACAGCUGCCUCUUUGUGGAAUGUCCUUAUUUCGUCCCACGCCUGUCCUCUUACUCCCAACGUUCCUGAUCUGUCCCUGUUUUUCUUUGUUACCCUACACUUCACUUCCUCUCAGCAGGUCUACAUUUUGAGAAAAAGUGACGCGUUUGUGACCUUUUACCAGCCGCUUUUUCCUCUUUGCUCUGCUGUUGUGCAGGAGUGCACGAUGGGAAACGGGAGGGCAAUUAACUUUUUUGCCACACUUUGCUCUUUAUUAUUCUGUGGACCAAUUCCAGCAGGGGUUUUAGUUAAUGGGGAAGGACUUGAGGGUAAAGGAGGAUGGGAACACCAACUGUAAUUUGUUUUAUUUGACUUUUUUAGGAUCAUGAAAUAAACGAUGCUGCUGGAGACAAAGCAGUGGCGCUGGAGGUUGCACUCACCUGGAUGGCUUGGAUUUCUCUCAGGAUGACAAACAGCUGGAGGGGCCCAAUGAUUGAAUGUGUUUGGCUGUCAUUGGCCGCCACCUGUCCAGUCAGAUAGAUGAGUUUCAGUUGAGUGGGCGGGACAUCUUCAGAUGGAGGUUUUAGGAGGUUAAUUAAAGUUUGAAACUUUUUGGAGAUCAUGCUGCGAGGGAUUUCGUGUUGCCCUGAAGCACAGAUCUAUUCUCAUUUGAUUUUAAUAGUCAAUAUUAUUCUUCAAAUAUCUACUUUACCCAUAAAAACAACAAUUCAAGCUCUGCCAAACCACUCGUCUCGAUUCUUCUGCCUUUGUUUUAUUGCGUGAACCUUCACACACGAUGGAGCAUUGGGCAGCUCGGCCACACGUAGGAACCACACUGUCAAGUCAAGGUGAAGUCCCGAAUCGGGCGCCGUCUUGGCUUCUGUUACUUCUCAGAAUGUCCUCAAAGCUGAAGGUCUGUUCUUGAAGGCAACAAAUGUGUUGGCCGUUGACCUAUUAGAUCAUGUUACUUCCUGUUUUAGUGAAAUGAACAGACAAAACUCAUUUGGUGAAUGUGGUGCUUUAGAAAAACCCUACACACAAGUUCACUCAGACGCCAACACCACCACGUCCUUUGCGUCGACGGUGUUGGUGUCAGAACUCAUGUCCCUUUCCUCCACCUCCAUACACACACACACACACACUCACACACACACACUCCAGUUAAUAUCAUCAAUGAACACCAUCUCCUCCCCCGCAGCAAAAAACCUACAAUCACCAUCUUGGUAUGUUUUUUUGCCCCUCUUGUGUUCUUGUCUCAGAUUUUGCAAUAUUUGUGUGUACAGCAGUAUUUUAAUAAAGAAUAUGAAAACUGA